AUGUUCUCGUCUUCGUCCAGAAACUCUCUGUUCUCGCCCUGGUCGUCUAUGGAGCAGUCGGACUCUGAAGUGUUGGACAUCAGCACCAAAGUGCAGCUGCACGGGGUGCUGUGGAAGAGGCCCUUCGGACGGCCGUCGGCCAAGUGGUCCCGCAGAUUCUUCAUCAUCAAAGACAGCUUCUUGCUCUACUAUGCAGAGAGCGAGAAGAGAAACUUUGAGACCAACAGGUACUUCAACAUCCACCCCAAGGGAGUCAUUCCUUUGGGAGGAUGCGUGGUGUCAGCUAAUGAAAACAUGGGCAUGCCCUUUGCCAUCGUGGUCAACCAGGAAGACUUUACUGGUACCAUAGUCCUGGCUGCUGAGUCUGAGGAUGAGCAGGUCCAGUGGAUGGAGAUGCUCCAGGAGUCAGGGAAAGUCACGUGGAAGAAUGCCCAGCUGGGAGAGGCUAUGAUCGAGAGCCUGGAGGCUCAGGGGCUGCAGCUGGCCAAGGAGAAGCAGGAGUACCUGGAUAAACUGAUGGAAGAGACUGAGGAGCUUAGUCACCAGAGAGCGCAGAGAGAGGAGCUGGAGCGUCUGAACCAGGUUCUGGAGGAGGAGAAAAUGAAGUUUGAGGAGGUGGUGCUGGAGCUGAAGGCAGAGCAGGAGCAUAUCAAACUAGACCUGGACGACACAGCUCAGUCCCUGAAGGGGGUCGAGAGUGAGAAAGAAGAGUUGAGCAGUUUAACCGUCAUGCUGCAAAAAUCCAUUGAGGAGCUCUCUCAGGAGAAACAGCGGACUCUGGAGCUGCUGGGGGUGAAGGAGCAGGAGGAGAAGGAGGCGGAGGCGGCAAAGAAGUCUGAAGACGGCGAGGAUCCUGGAGAAGUGGACCUGCUGCAGGACCUGCGACACAUCGAGGAGCAAAUGAAGCUCCUGGUGAAAGAGAAGGAGCAGGCUGACGAGAAGCUCAGGGAGAACGAGAAGCGGGCUACAGUCCUGCAGCAGGAGAGGGAGUACUACUCGUCUCAGGCUCAGACGCUGCAGCAGUCGCUCUCUCAGCUCACUGCGGACAAGAGGCAGACCGAGGCCGAGCUCAAGGCGGAGAUAGAGUCUCGGGUGGAGCUGGAGAAGAGACUGAAGCAGGCUGAAGAGGCUCUGCAGGACCUGGAGAAAGGCCUGAACUCGCUGGAACGGACCAAAGAGAGAGACGAGAAGAUGAAGGGGGACGUGACUCAGCUGAGGAAGUUCUUUGAGGAGUGUAUCUGUGCGGCAGAGAUCGAGGCGAAGCUUCCAGCGAUAAUGAAGAACGCUGUGUAUCUGCACAAAGCUGCUGCACGCAGAAUCAAGAGCUGCAGGAUCCAGAGGAGAGCCUCUAGACACCACUGGUUGAAACACUCCAAGUCUUUUGCUGUAAGCAACGCAGACGACGACAGCAUGGAGGAGCUGCGGGAGACGGCGCGGCGACUGACCUCUGACAGCAACUUCAGAGAGAGCGUGUACAAGAUCAUCACUCGCAAGGACGCCACAAAUAAAACAGAGGACUGAGAGAACGAGGUACAUGAGGAGAAAUGGUCCUUAGAUUUACCUCAGUCCACACAGUGAGUGCUAUAGAGAUCCUGAUCCCAAACCCACCUUUAAAAUACUGUAGAUGAUUGUACACAGAAAUCUGUUUGACGGUUGCAAUAUUAAGAGCAAUCGAAAUGUAAUUCUGCGAACACUGGCUAAACCCUUUAGAAACUGGUUCUCAGACCCCCUCAUGGGCUUCCUUCAACCAAACAGUUCCAGGAACCACAAGAACAAAACUCAGGAAGUCCCGUUUGAGCAUCCCUGUUUAGAGUUUCCAUCUGAAAAAACCUGAAGAUUAGGCAAAUUAGAACGAUUUAAAAACUACAGCAGCAAUUGAAAUGUAAUUUUCAUACUCCUUUCUUUCUUUGUAUUCACUGUUACAUGAAUCCGAUAUUCUAGUUGGAUGUAAAGAAUAAAUGAAAAGGAGACAUGCAGAGGUGAAAAAUGAGACUGAAACCUCUGCUGGGUGUUUCACUCGUAUUUAACAAUUCAAUGAAACAAUUAGCAAAUAAUAUUCUAUAUUUUUUUUGUUCACACACUAGCACUUUCCUACCGCCACUCCCUCUCUCUUCUUUCUUUCUCAAACUAGUGGGGAAACAGAAACUUAACCUGCAUUUAGGGUAGUAGGGUAUUAUUUUAAAUGAGGUUUUCCUGGAAAAGUUCCUGUCGUGGGAAAAAGUCCUGUUAUUUCCUGGAACUUUUGAUAAGACACCAUCAGAUUUUAUUUAGCUAAAGAACGAUUAUGAUAUGUCCUAAUUAAACUAAGGAGUAUUUGACCAUUUGGGACUCUGGACUCCACCUGAUAAAAGGCCGUAAUGGUACUUGACAUUAAUAACGUGUUGUGGAUCAAAAUGUGUGAACAACUUUCAGUCGGCAGUGUGUGACUGUAGCCUUGUACCUUGAGUUUCUAGUGUUGUAAUUUCUCUAAAAAGAAGUACUACUAUACUAGAUUUACAGUAUACAGAAAAUAUUUAGCAGAUAGCACAGACAAUGCAAAUCCAUCUUGUAAAAGGUUUGUUUUUAUUAUUCUGGUUUUGAUUGUAUGCACAGAUUGUGUCCUUUACUUUAACAGAGGUUUAAAGAAAACAAUGAACUCACAGACGUGUAUGAUAUCGGCCAUUUCAUUAUUGCUACAUCUGAAACUGUCUUUGACGAAGCAACUCAAUGUAAUUCACUGACGCAAGCAUUUUAUGAUAAUGUACAAAUGAUAACUUGUAACAGAAAGGAUACAGAAAAGAAGCCCACAUGUCAGGGGAAGGUAAGAGGGAACAAACGAUGGACUGAACAACAUGCCUUGAUGCUAAUAAAGCUGUGUUUGAACCUUGUACACGUCACUUCAUUUAUGUAGGUAAAAGGCUGUCGGUUCACAUCUGGCUCAGCUGUCUGUUUCCUGUUCUCGGCAGCACAAUAGAUGGCACUGUUACUAGCUUAAAAUGAAUACAAACUCUUGAUAUGGAUGCGUUUUCCAUCGGAGGAGAGACUCGUGUUUUACACUGUGAUAAAGUUCAGCGUGGGAAGAAAAGUUCUGGCACGAGGGUCGUAGGUUACACCCGCUCUUGUUCAUCACAAGGACCUGCAGCAAAUAAAAUAAGAGUGUGAUAAUGUCAGUAUAGACAGUACGAUCCCCAUUAGGCAUUUAUAAACAGUUCUAGGAUAUUUUAAGUAUUCAUUAAUCUAUUUAUCAACAGCUAUAACAGCUUAUUUGUUCAUAUGAGGAGUUAUAAUUGUUAAUACAUUACACACUAAAAAGUCAUAUUUGCGUGCUAUAAACCAUUUAAUACGGUUUUAUAAAGGACUAUGCUAAAGGGGGCUUAAAGUAACGUUAACAUAGAAAGAGAAAAAUUCCAGAUUAAAAAAUACAUUCAUUGAAUUGAAACUAUGAAUUCAACUUUGCUAUUUU